AUGUCGACGUUGAAAAACUACUUCGGCCUGGAGGGGACGGCGGAGGCCGUGGACAGCGGGAAAACGACCAUGAGAGCGCUUCCGGCGUCGUGGUAUACUUCAUUGGAGAUGUUCGAGCUUGAGAAACGUGCUAUUUUUUCCAAGAAGUGGCUCCUUACCACGCACAAAAUCCGCCUCCCCAACGCGGGUGACUGGGUGCGCUACGAUAUUGCCGGAUUCCCUUUCAUCCUGGUCAAGGACCGCCAGGGCAACAUCAAUGCAUUUCAUAACGUCUGCCGCCACCGUGCGUUCCCAGUCGUGACUGAGGAAAAGGGAACGAGUCGCAUCUUCUCCUGCAAGUAUCACGGAUGGUCUUAUGGGCUCAAUGGGAAGCUCGCCAAGGCUCCGGGAUACCAGGACCUCCGAGGCUUUGACAAGAGCAAGAACGGUCUCCUACCCAUCCAUGUCCACGUUGACGACAGCGGGUUCAUUUGGGUCAACAUGGAUGGUGCUGAGCAACCUGAGGUAGCUUGGGAAGAUGAGUUUGGUGGAAUUGAUCACCUGGAGCGCCAUGCAAGUGUCGAUUGGGAGCAGUACGACUUUGACCAUACCUGGGAAAUGGAAGGCGAAUACAACUGGAAGAUCCUCGCCGACAACUAUAAUGAAUACUGCCCCACAGCACAGCCGGAUAUUCCCUCCAUUGCCGACCUUAAGGGGUAUGCUGUUGAGACCAGAGAAGGGGGCGAUAUUCAGUUCGCAGAAUCUAUCCCGGAGCACAUCACCAAGGGGCUGAAGACUGCGAGCACCUACUACUUCCCGAAUGUGUCCAUGACCAUGACGCCACAUUUGUUCUUCAUACAACGAGCUGUCCCUACCUCGCCGACGAAGUGCACUAUGCGUUACGAGGUGUACCGGAACAAGACCUCCAGCGACGAGGACUUUGAGCUGAUUAACCAGAUGUACAAACGCAUCAUGACCGAGGAGAAGUCUCUCUGCGAUCAGACACAGGAAACCCUCAACAACGGCGUUUCCAUCGAUGGGGAACUGCAUCCAGAGAUGGAGAAAGGAUCACUCUACUUCCAGACAAGUGUUCGCGACCUUGUCCAGCAACACUAUGAACGGGAGCAAGCAGCUGGACACGACAUCUGGCCGGCUCGUCAAGCACUUCCUCAGACCGCCACAACCAGCAAGGACGAUAUGGACUUUUGCUCCAAGCUGGAUGCAUCAAGCCAGGGAGGUCGCGACUGCACGAGUACGGCCGGCCAGGAUGGCGGGUGUUCGGGGAUGAGUUGCCAGCUCAACGAAGCCCUGGCUUAUUAA